AAUGGACAAACAUUCAAAAACAAACGAAACGCACCAGGGGAAAAAAAAUCCAGCACUCAGUCACUUCUUCUCCUUCUUCUCGUGCAGAUUUUUCUCUCCCUCUCUAGAUCUUCGGCUGCAGAGUCCUGAGUUUUGGUCCGUUACUUCAAUCCCAUUGUUUCCGGGGGAGAAUCGAUUUUGUUCUUGGCCCCAAAGUUUUCUUCCCCUGGCGAAAUUUGACAUAUCAGUUUGUUAGAAGGUGAAGGCCAUUGAAUAUAUAAAGCUGCAAUUGUAGAGUGAGAAUCAAGAUGCCCUGGACGCCCUUCUUCAUGUUUUUCAACAGGACUUGCACUCGUUUGGUCGUCUUCUUCCUUGUGAUUCUGUAAAUUUGAUACUUUCUGGAUCUAGAGUAGAAGUUCUCUAUUGGCGCCCCUGGUUCUUGGAGUGAGAAUGUGCAUUGUCAGAAACAGAAAGGAACAGCGAGCUGUAAAGGAAGUAGGAAGAGUUCUGAUGACUAAAUGUUUCGUUGCUAAUUACCAAUUGCUGGAAGUUUGUCAGGCUGAGUAUUUCCGACAGUUGCUUAAGCCCGUUACGUAGUCAGGUGUUGGGGAUAUCCACGAAUUUGGGUUUUGGAAAGCUAUCAAAUUUGAUUUCGUAAGAAUUAUCGCCAGAUAUGGAAAAUCCUGUAGUCUGAAAAGUCGGGUCGAUAUUUGAAAUUCUGUUGAAAGUUUCUGGUUUGGGAUAGAAAGACAUUCUCUCUGGUGGGAAAUUCGCGGUACCUUCAGUAUGAACUGAACAGCUGGCAGCUUGAAAGGUCGAGCAGCCCGGAGUCUGAGGUGAACGGCUUCUUUUUCUGGUGUUUUCCUUUUUCUGUUUUGUACACUUUUCUGAUGCAGAAAGAUCUGCGUUUUCGGCAAAAGGCUAUAGCAACUCACUUCUCGGAUGAAGUGGGUGACAGUAAUAUGCAAGUUCCAUAUGCUUCUUCAUCAGCCUUUGAUUAUGUGCUUCCUCCAUGUGCAAAGCUUAGGCCGUUCCAUGAUGUUGAGCUUCAGCCUUCCAUGGCAUGUUCGAAGAACUUCAUCAUAUUUGAUCAAACAUGUGACAGGAGCCAAGUGAUGUACCAUCCCGAGAUGACCCGGAAGCUCAAUUCCCCAGCCUUGAAUGCUUUUGCAAGUUCGUUUCAAAAUAAGCAUGCCGGGGAAUGUUUUAGUAACUCUGACCAAGAAGAAGCAUCCUCUUCUAUGAAAGAGGAUUCGGAUGAGAUUGAUGCCUUACUGAGCUUUGAUGAAGAAGAAGAAGACGAUAAUGAAGAAGAAGCGGAAGAAGUCAGCACAGCUCGUAAUUGGAAUCUCUCUCCAGAAACUUCAAGCUCCAGCUACCGCUGUAACAAUGGCCAAAAAAAGAGAAUGAAGAUGAAGAAGAUAAUGAAGGUUCUGAGAAGAAUAGUUCCCGGAGGAGAACAGAUGAAUACUGCUUGUAUCCUCGACGAAGCUGUUCAAUACCUCAAGUCACUCAAAGCUGAAGCACAUAAGCUCGGGGUCGGGAAUUUCAUGAGCAGACGAUGAUAUGUAUGUGGUGAAGUUUUACUGUAUAUUUCAAUUAAUGUUUAUGAAGAACUUGAAUUUUUUUUAAAUGAUUUUUAUGGUUAUGUAUCUUUCAUA